AGAUAACAACUGAAAGCCAAACAGCAGUGGAAGUUUGCUUUGUGUAGGGUAUUUAGAAAAAAUUGGAUACCUGGCCUCCUUAGAAACUGAAAUGGACAUUGUGUUGGACUAUUCUGAAGAAUUCUUUUUUAAGCCCUACAUUUAUCCCGAAACAUGGCGACAGGACGAUCCGUUAAGACAGCUGAUCAACUUGUAUGUCGUAACCAACAUAGGGGGCGCUCUGCUGUAUUUAUCUUGUGCGACGGCUAGUUUCUAUUUGUUAUUUGAUCAUCAGCUAAUGAAGCACCCUCUAUUUAUAAAGGAUCAAGUGAAAUUGGAGAUUCAGUACACGUUGAAGUCUGUUCCAUGGAUUAGUAUUCCGACUGUGGCGCUCUUCUUCCUCGAAGUGCGAGGCCAUAGCAAACUCUAUGAUGAAGUUGAACCAUCACCCUUAGGUUGGAUGAAAGAGUUUGCUAAUUUUGUAUUCUUUGUACUGUUCACGGACAUGUUGAUCUACUGGAUUCAUCGAUUCCUUCACCACAAGACCAUUUACAAGCAUUUUCAUAAGCCACACCAUAUUUGGAAAGUACCAUCGCCAUUUGCCAGUCACGCUUUUCAUCCGGUAGAUGGCUUCCUGCAGAGUGCCCCGUACCAUAUUUUUGUCUUCUUGUUCCCCUUGCAUAAAUUGACCUACCUCGGUCUAUACGUCAUCGUCAACAUGUGGUCGACGUCCAUUCACGAUGGCAUGUUUUUGGUCCCCAAAGCCCUGCAACCUAUCAUUAAUGGAGCUGCCAACCAUACCGUCCACCAUCUCUACUUUGAUUACAAUUACGGACAGUAUUUCACCUUAUGGGACCGCAUUGGGGGAUCCUAUCUAGAUCCGUCCAUUAAGUUGUUGGAAGAGAAGGGUGCUUCGUGGAAAGAAAAGCUCAACUAAAGGCUGUGGUGUUCU